AUGACCCUCCCCUGGAAACGCCUUAUUCGAUUCAUCACCACCGAUGGCCGUACUCUCCGCGGUGAACCCAUCGCCCCCGACGACCUCGAUCUGGGUUUCAUCACAGAAGCAGACCAACUCCAAGCCAGAGUCAUUUCCGGAGAUGAAAUCUACGACAUGACCGGUAGAACCAGCGUGACUGAUGAAAUUGUCACCGUCAAGACGCUUCUAGGACCGCUAGCUAGAGAGGAAGUCCCGAUUCUUCGAUGUGUUGGGUUGAAUUAUGCCAAACAUAUCCGGGAAGCUGGUCGAACGCCGCCUCCAUUCCCGUUUAUCUUUUUCAAACCGAAUACUACGAUUCAUGAUCAUGGGGUGCCUGUGGUUAUACCGAAGAUUGCACAGGACGAGCAGGCGGAUUAUGAGGGGGAAUUGUGCCUCAUAAUCGGCAAAGACGCCAAAAACAUUCCCACCGAAACCGCCCUCGAUUACAUCGCCGCAUACACAAUCGGCAACGACAUCUCGUCUCGAAAACUGCAACGAGAUCCCGCACUCGCCGGCCGUGUCCCGCAAUGGGGAUUCUCCAAGGGCUUCGACACAUACGCACCGCUGGGACCGUGUUUGGUUGCCGCUUCUGAGAUAGCAGAUCCGAAACAAUUGCAGCUUCGCACCGUCGUUGAUGGGGAGGUGAGGCAGGAAGAGAGCGUUUCGGAUUUGCUGUUUGACUGUGCGUAUCUGGUUUCGUAUUUGUCGCAGGGGACGACGUUGCAGAAGGGGAGUGUGAUUAUGACGGGAACUCCUGGGGGUGUUGGUGCUGGGCUUCAACCGCCUAGGUAUCUUGUUCCGGGUACGCAGAUGGAUGUUUUCAUCUCGCAGAUUGGGACGCUUCGGAAUAAUGUCAUUUUCGAGUAG